ACUGGUAAAAUGUCAGUUGUAGGUGAUUAGUGCAUGUCCAUGCAAUCAGCCCUUUUAAGACGAAUGCUCGUAUAGGACUCAAAGAUUGCCAACUUCUCAUCUCUCCUUUAGUGUACAGCUGAAGUUGCAAACUUUGCAACAUGAUGCGUUCAGAAAUCGAGCUCUCUUGAGCCAAUCUGAGUGGUUUGCGCCGUUUGGAACGUAUGAUUUUGAAGUCAAGGAAUGCUCAGGAGAGAAGUAAACCGUCUCGGGAUAAAACCCUUGAAACAAGACUCUGCAAUAUGUCUAUUAGUGAUCAGGAUGGCAACUACUUGUUUGCAAACUUCGGUCGCAUACUUCCCCUCGACUCGAAUAUAUUCCCAUCCGAAAUGUUUCCUCUCGAAGCAACCUCUAACCCAAUUUCGAAUUGAUUCGGAAGAAAGAAAGCCACUCGGUGAAAUGGAUUAAAGGAGAUAUCCCCAUGCCUGCGCUAGGUCCAUUCAUACCGAACACGGUGAGCAUACGAUCACUAUCGAGUUUGCUCAUCUGAGCUUGAGUGAGCUUCAACCAACUUACAGCACGAAAUUCAGAGUUCACUUCACGUUCGAGACCGCAAGCUGCAGUUUGUCACUCUGUGAAGGGCACGACGACGCAGAGAAUGACGUAAACAUCAAUUCACUCCGUCCCAAAUCUAUAUCCAUAUCUAUAUCUCUAUGCCACAUUCCAGCGGGUCAGAUUGCAUUCUCACGAUCAUCUCCCCGUGACUAGAACUGAACUCGAGGACCACUGGAGCAGCUAUCUCUCUCUCUACCAGUGCAUGCUGAACCGAAGAUGGUUCGAUUCUUCCUCGUCGUGUAUCUUUCCUAUUGUCCUCUCACAUCAGCGUAUGCGCUUCCUGUGCGGCUGGCGGCAGGCGGCUGCACCCAGACUCAAAGAGACGGAGCUGUGUACCGACUGCGCAGACUCCUCCCUGAGAACUCAAGCAAUUGAAUGAUUUAAGAAGUUGUCUGCUGCAGAGUCUGAGUAUCUCGUCAUCAGACUCGUGGAACCACGAGUAUAAUCAAACAGACUCGUGGAUUAUCAGCUGCAGAGGCUGAUUCCUUGCCAUCAGAAUUCCUGGGCUACUAGGAUUACACUGGCCUUCAAACGUUCCAGCUGGAGAAUUGCUGAAGGCCUGUGCAAAGCGUAUGCAAGAACUUUAGUGUCGUUUGGACUCGAAGAGGCGCAGCGCUUAGAUGUGCAGAACGUGCUCGAUGGACGAGUGGGAGAAAAGAAUCAAACUACGAGAAGAGGACGAUGUGUUGCAGGGAAUUCGCAAGGCCUGCUGCUGCUCUGGGGCUCUCCCGGAGCGAGAUUUGGCACGAAGAUGGCACCAAGUUCACGAAAAUCGCCACCUGGUCCCCAAGCAGCUGCAGGCGCGCAGCAGCAGAAUGCGGAUCGAGCUGUGGAAAACUUCAAAGCACAGUACGAUCGUCAAGCUCCCGAAAUCCCACCGGAGGUUCCACGCUUUUUCAAUCUUCAGAUCGGCGACUGGAACAUGAAUCAGUACGGCUCGAUGAUUCCCGAGGCCGAGAAAGCACGCAGGCUGAGACUAGGCGAGACGCUGGGCUCCACUCUGCCUUACCAGUUCUACGAUAUCGACUCCCUAAAUGCAGAAAUUCAGCCGCAGAUGAUGGAGUACAAUCUGAAAAACAUGAUGUCCGACCAAAGCAACCUCCAGUUGUGCGACCGCGAGGAGGAGUACGAGGCCAAUUCCGAAGCCGACCGAAAGACGAGGCUGCAGGAGGCCCAGCGCGCAGUGCUGGCUGCAGAAGCUUCUGAAGAGGCUGCGAGAAAGGCCAUCGAAGAGAAAAUACAGGCCCUCGCUCUCAAAGCGGAGCUGCAAGAAAAACAGCGAGCUGCUCUCGAGGCCGAGUUCCUGGCCGCGAGAAACUCGCCCGUGCCGCAGUGGAGUCCCAACGAGAGCCCCCAAGAGUACAGACGCCGAGUCCAAUUCAGGCGAUGGAGGAACCAAAUGCAGAGGCUCAGGCUGCAAAGCACACCAUCCGCUCCUUUCCACGUUCCAGCACCACCACCCCCGGAGCCAGAUUCGUACCAGCCUCGACCUCCGGGACUCUACCACCUGAUCGAACCGACGGGCGAGCGUCAGGCAGCAGCAGCAGCAGCAGCAGCAGCAUCACCACCGAGUUCGGGCGAUUCGACCCAGAGCCUCGAAACUCAGAGCGGAACGCGAACCACCAUGUGCAUGGAGCACCACCCGCAGCCAGCCGAAACGCACUACUUCGAUCCCGAAGCCUGCACUCGAAGAAAGACGCAGCCCUGGAAAGGGGACCCCUUCCCGACAGUGCAUCCCUACCUGGGCAAGCUGAACGAGUCCGGUCCCAAGUACGCCAACUGGAGUCCCCACCCGCAUCUGUGCGACAUGGAAACGCUGUCGAAGAGGUUCGGAAGCUGGAGGGGCUCGCAGGCCCUGGAAAUCGAGCCGCAGGUAAACGCAGGUAAUCUCAGUGGUGAGAGGCUUAGACUAGGAUGGGGGGCCGAGUACGGCAAUGUUCGCUACCCCCCGGUAGGAUUGUGCAACGAGCAGCAGCUCGUGCCCACCGAGCAUCCCGGGCACGUCUGUAGAGUAGAUUAUCGCCAGGAGCCAUGGCCGUGCGAGCCCAAGUGUGCUGCUGGGAUCACGCUCUCGAGCUGCAACCCUUCGUGGCCGACCACGUCCAGGCCUGGUAUGCCUUGGUACACCAUGCAGGGACUGAGGCCCGAGUCUCAGCCGCACCCCUUCACCUUGCAGGCCGACAUGCGGCCGGCAGGGCUGUCGACGGAGAACAAUGUCUCGUUGUCGUACCGUAAUCACCCACGCAAUGUCCUGGAUCCCAGCUUGAAGAAUAUCGUCCUGUCGAAGACCCUGGGCCAGUUCACCGGUCCCAAGUUCGGGCCCCGGCCGGGCGAUAUUAUGAUCGUCCAGCAACCCAGGUGCCGUGGCAAUCGGGAUCAAGGCUACGUUGCGUUCUGCAGCCACAAGUCGUCGAAGCACAAAUGGAUGCCGGGCGAUCAGAUCGUGCGCGUGGGUAAGUUUGUCGAUGGUCGCUGGACGUUGCAUGGCCACUUGAAGAUGUUUAAGCUCAUAGACGCGUGUUCGUUCCGCUGGAUGAUCAUAGGGCUCGUGGAAAGAGAUCGUUGGUUCUGUCGCAUACCCAAGCCGUGCACUCAGAAGAUCGCCUCGGGGGUUUUGGGGUUCUGGCCUCGUCGAGGCGAUUUGCUUCUCAAAGCACUGUCGAUGAACGACCCUUCGCAGUUAGAUUGGGUGGUAGUUCCUGGCACGGGCCCGGCCUUCAAACCCAACCAGGGAGAUGUGAUUUUGCGUGCUUCGAUAGACUGCCUUCAGUCGGGAGAUAUGGCUGGGUCGGUGGAGAUGUAUGUCUUUGAUGGACUAGGCGUGGGUUGGGUGUUCAUGGGACGAGACGACUGCAGGAUAAACUCAAGCGGUCAGGACACUCUCACGUAGCUCGCUGUAUAUUGAGUCCCAAGCUGCGUCUGUCAUCGACAUCAUCGUACGAGUAUUUGACAAGCUGUGCUUGCCCAGACCCAAGUUUAGAAACGAGGUGAACGAUCGACUCAUUCAUUGAUGAAAAACCACCGCAUUAUCUUAUUUUCUGCUCACGGCAUGAGCCGGAGCUUACAUGUGAUAGAUCAACCGCAGUUCGUAAUUUCCCUGCUUCGAGGUUCGAGCCCGGUUCUAGAGGUUAAGAUGGUAAGUUUCUGCGAGCGUCAAACGAAAAUCUGUAAGUAAGCAGCAGCAGCUUUCCAGCUCCAGAAUUAUCAUACUUUCCUGGCUCCUUGAGAUACGGAAGUGUGAUAAUGGGAGGUGUUACUGAGGUUGUCCCAUCACGAUGUGUGCGUGUGUUGCAUGGCAAUGAAGCCAUGCGUGAAGGUGGUUAUUCUGAGGAUGUCCGGUGAUCACUAACUGAAACUGCAAAAGGCCUAAUUCGAUGACAAAUUACGAUCUUUCAUCGGAGCCAUAGGUCUGUGUCUGGAGGAGCGAAGCAAACAUGCUGCAUUAUUGACAUAAUUUGGGGUGUACAAGAAAGGGUAACAUCGGUCUUUAAAAAAGGCAAUGAAGUUUUGAUAGUCUCAAAGUGGAUCCGUCCGAGGGGUUUCUUUCGUCUUGUAUCUCGAUUCUUCUGCUCAUGAUAUUACAGGUUCUCACAAGAUCACAUGCGCCACCGCGUUGAGAGGUGGGAAACUCUUAACGGGAGUUAAUUUUGUAGCACCCUUUACACAAACCACCGAUUCCGAGUAAUGCUUCUUUUCUUCAUCAAUGAACGAAGUCUUGAGGCUUUCGUACCUGAGAUGUCUGGAAGGAUUGGAAUGUUGUAUGUUACUGCAGAUUACUAUAAUUCAUAGUUUUCAUUUUCAACCAUAAGAGUGCAAAGCAACAUUUUCUUGACUGUAUGCAAUGAGGAAGUCGGAUUGUCCAAGUUGCCAUUGUUAGCUUCACACAACGAACAAACAAUCCAUGAUUUGCGUCCUCCCAUUCCAGUAUAAAUCUGGUGAGUUCGAAUAUAAAUCGUGACUCCAGCAACAACCGUGUGGCUCACCUCUUAUUCACAUCUUACGAACAGAGAAGACUCAAUGAUAGGAAGUAAUUAGUUAGGAAAGUGACAUUCUCUUACCACUGAGAGCUGAAUGAGGGGUUCCUCAUACCUUUUGUUCAGUUCACACUUAGAACUGUCGAGAAAUACAACUUUGCUGAAAUGUGAAAGUUUUAGCUAGAGCCAGAAGCAAGAGUGUUCUUCCACAGUGUUAGUGAUCCGCGGAUGGAAGACAGAAAUGGCCACUUGAAUUGUUUGAGAUUAUAAUUUAUCUACAUUAGAGUUAAAAGGAGAAUACGA